AAAAAAGUAGGAUAAAAGAGUUGACAUUGUAUAUCCUAAAAAUUUCAAUCAAACAUAGUUGUUCAUGCUCGGUUUUACACUUCGUGGUGUUCUUUUGGAGUAAUACUUAACUGAUUAUGACUGUAUGAAAACUUUUCUUUUAGAAUUCCUUCGUAAUAUCAUCCUUUCCUCUGCAUGCAUGAAGUAUAAAAUAUUAUAUUUUUUUAUGGAAUUCCAUUGGUUUGGUUUUUUUUUUUUUUUGAAAUUUAAAAACUAAAAUAGAACAAUAAAUUCAGUGGUCAAUUUCGAUAAGGGACUGUGUCUGCAGAAGCAGUUAAGUUAGAUUGACCAUCAACAGCCCCAUAUCUCACCCACACGACUACCCACCACCCUCUGCAUUCCCAAGCUCUCAAUCUCACAAAUCCAUGGCUUCUCACGAAACUUCCUCAUCCAUCGACCCCAACCGUAGAAACCAUCCCGCCGCCGCCGCCGCCGCCUCCGUCGUCACUCUCGCCGCUGUCUCUCCCAACCCAACAUCAUCAAAACUAGAUCCCAUAACCCCUUUGUCGGACUCAGACAAGUUGUCAAAAUCACACCCACCUUCCCCCAAAAUGGUCGGCCCCAGAACAGUGCAAAUGGUAGCCAAAAAACCCAACGAAGCCCCUCUGGAACGCUCUACCACAGAGAAAUUCAACGACUCUGAAGAGAAAUUCGAACGCAUGAUCAACUGUAUCACAGCCAAAGAAAGGGAAAUGAAGCAGCUCCUAAAGGAACAUGAACAUCUCACUCGCAGGCUCUCUGUUUCUCUUUCUUCAUCACGGAGUGGAAGAAGAAGAAGAUCAAUCUGUGGCUCACAGAUUGAAUUAGCAGACGUGUUUGCUAACAACGGUGUCAAAGUGGUUUCGGCCGACAUGCCGCCGUUUAUGCAGAUCCACGCUGUCGAUUGCGCUAGAAAAGCCCACGAUAGUAUGGAAAAGUUCACUUCCAAAUCCCUUGCAUUGACUCUCAAGAAGGAAUUCGAUGGGGUUUACGGGCCGGCAUGGCAUUGUAUUGUGGGGAAGAGUUUUGGGUCCUUUGUGACACACUCAGUGGGUGGAUUUCUGUACUUCUCCAUGGCUCAAAAGCUUUACAUCCUGCUCUUCAAAACCACUGUACAAAGAGCCAAUUAGAAACACUCAAUCGCUGAUCAUGUUUAGGCAGAGCAACAACUCUGUUUUUUUCUUGUUUCA